CUGCUCUCGCGAGGUUUUGUACCGGAUUGCUUUGUGCCACGUCUGAGAGAGGUACCGAACUGAGUGUAGGCAGCCAGGCGGGAGAGCAGGUAAGAUGGGACGUAUUUUGUUGCCCAGAGGCCAUGUGGCAUGUGUUGCAUUACUAGCACUCAUUGUGUCUAGUUCUGUGGUUCGCAUAAUCUCUGCCCAGUCCCAUGAAAAUUUGCACCAUGGGCACAGCCACUCUCAUCAUGGGCAUAGCCACGAGGAUCCUCACCAUGGACAUAGUCAUGAUCAUCACGGACAUAGUCAUGGUCAUCACGGCCACAGCCACAGCCAUGAGGGUCAUCACGGCCACAGCCAUGAGGAUCUUCCCCACGGGCAUAGUCAUGGUCAUCACGGACACAGCCAUGAGGAUCUUCCCCACGGGCAUAGUCAUGGUCAUCAUGGGCAUAGCCAUGAGGACAUUUUGCAAGGUCAAAAUAAGUGGACAGUUGAUGCAUUUGCUCAUGAAAUUGAGGAGCGCAUUAAACGGGAGGCUGCAAAACUAGAGUCAUCUUCACAAACUCAUGGAUCAAGAGAAAAGCUGGAUCCUAUACAUCUGUGGACCUACGCUAUUUGUGCCACACUCCUGAUUUCAGCCGCUCCCUUCUUCAUCCUCUUCCUGAUCCCAGUGCAGUCUAACAGCAGCCAGCACCAGUCCUUGCUCAAAUUGCUCCUGAGCUUUGCCUCUGGGGGGCUUCUGGGAGAUGCAUUUCUGCAUCUCAUCCCCCAUGCACUGGAGCCACAUUCUCACCACAAGGAAUCGGAUGAACAUAUUGAAUCACAUGGGCAUGGACACUCUCAUGAUCACAAUCAUGGUCACACGAUGUCUGUUGGACUCUGGGUUCUUGCCGGAAUAAUUGCCUUCCUAGUAGUUGAGAAAUUUGUACGACACCUAAAAGGAGGCCAUAGCCACAGCCAUGGACAUGCACAUAGCCACGCUUCCAAGGAUGAAUCGACAAACGAAGGUGAGAAAGAUGGAGUGAGACAAAGGAAGACUGAAGCAAACACUUCACAAAAAGCCAAAAAGGGCAAAGAUGAUGCACCCGUAUCAGAUAUGACUGUGUCAGGGUAUUUAAACCUUGCUGCUGACUUCACUCACAACUUUACUGAUGGUUUAGCAAUUGGAGCCUCUUUUCUGGUCAGUAGCAAUGUUGGAAUAGUCACUACAAUCACGAUUCUUCUCCAUGAGGUGCCACAUGAGAUUGGGGACUUCGCUAUCCUGGUGCAGAGUGGGUGCACCAAGAAGAAGGCUAUGAUGCUACAGCUCAGCACCGCCCUGGGGGCUCUCGCGGGCACUGCCUGCUCUCUGUUGGCAGAGGGGAUUGGUGAAGCAGCUACUCUGUGGAUUCUGCCAUUCACUGCAGGAGGUUUUAUUUAUAUCGCAACGGUCUCUGUCAUCCCAGAGCUCCUAAAAGACUCACGCCCUUCUCAAUCCAUUCGGGAAACCUUUGGCAUGCUUCUCGGGGUUGCAAUGAUGGUAUUUAUUGCACAGUUUGAGUAAAGGCUCUCCAUGAUGAUCCAGUUGGUUACUAUAAGGAAGACAUUCCGUAAUUCUGUUAAGGGGAACGCCUGUGUUGCCUCUUUGGAUAAAGACAAUGUUGUACUUUAAUGAUUUCACCAGGCAGUGAUGUCAUUCACGGGCAAAGGGGCAUUUUCUGCUGCUGUUACUUUGCAAUAAUCAUGCUUGUCUUUUGGUAGCACUGAUGUGUUUCCCAUGUUGGGCUUGAUCAUAUGUUGUAAUUUGAGGUCAAGGUGGCAUCAUUGCCCAUCCUAUCUAAAUUUGGAUAGAUACAUUGGACCAAAUUCUAGAAUUGUGAUUGAAACAUCCACGUUCAUGUUGACAUUUUUUUCUUGUUAAACAGCAAAAAUACAUGACAUGGACCACACCUUAGGUUUACCAGAUUCUAUAUGCUGGUAUUAUGUCCAGUUCGUAAAUUAAA